AUGUCGGAACUAAAUUUUGAAUUACCAAGUCGAGUCAUUCCUGGCCAGUUAUUGUGUCCUCUUUAUGUACCAACAGAGCCAAAAGUUACUAAAUAUAUAGCAGGACCAGGAACCAAAGUUGUUCACUACGACUUGAAUAAUAUAGAUGUCAUUACUAGUACAAGAAUUGGUAAUGUUCAAGUUGUAGAAAAAGACCUACCUAAUAAUGAAGAGAAUGAAAAGACAACUAAUAAUGAUAUGAUGCUAAUAGAAAUCAGUGUAAUAAAUAAAACUACUAGUAACGAUAGUGGCAUCUCUAAUACACUUAGUAAAAGCAAUAGAGAUAAAUUGCUGCCAAAAGAAGGUGAUAUUGUUUUAUGUCGUGUCGUAAGAAUAUCAUUACAAAGAGCCAAUGUGGAAAUAAUUGGAUUUCAAAACGAACCUAUUCCUAUUGAUGGUGGUGUAGGAACCAAUGGACAUGGUGUUAUAGGAGUAAAUGGUGGGUCUGGUGGAGCUACAUUUUCAAUGUCACAAAGCUCAUCUGAUCUUGGUGAAACCUUUAGAGGUAUAAUUAGGUCACAGGAUGUUAGAGCAACUGAAAGAGAUCGUGUUAAGAUGAUUGAAUGUUUCAAACCCGGUGAUAUAGUGAAAGCGCAAAUAUUAUCUUUAGGUGAUGGUGUGAAUUAUUAUUUGACGACUGCAAGAAAUGAUCUUGGAGUUAUAUUUGCUAAAUCAAAUAAUGGUGCAGGGAAUCUAAUGUAUGCCAUGGAUUGGCAAACGAUGGUGUCUCCUGUAACAGGUGUCAUUGAGAAACGUAAAUGUGCAAAACCUUUUUGA